CCUCCCUCUGCGGUUGCCCGCUCAGGAGGGCGCCUUGGGCUGGCCUGGGCGUUCAGUCUGGGGCAACCCAUCAUUUUCGGUAGGUGGACUGGGGUCACAUGGCUAGCCUGUCAGCUGCUGCCGCCGCCGCCGCCGCUUCGACGCCCUCCGACUUCCUUUACCUUGACCUUGACCUGCUCCCCCGCAGCCGUUGAAGGCAGGUCGACUCGCCAAGCUCCCGGCCGUUCCAGUUUGUAGUGAAGAGUAAUGCGGCCUGCUCGUGCUGCCGCGGCCUGGGCCGUGGUUCAGCUACUGCUGUGCGCGGACACCGUGGGCGCGUCGCGGGUGCGGGGACGCCAGAUGGACAACCACAUGUGCAAGGUGAUGUGCCAGCGCUUCGGCAUGAAGGCUCUUGGCCCAGCUUUCGUGCACCUCCACCCCACCGAGUGCUGCAAGAAGUGCGACGAUGUCUACCCAGGGGCGCCCGCGCUGCUGCAGCUGGCCCCUCCGCCCGCCGCGCCGGUGGCGGCGCCCCCCGCGAAGCCCGCGGGCGGCGCCCCGGCAGCGCCCGCGCCCGUGAAGCGCUGACGCCAGGGCACCGAAUGACUCUAAGCGAGCGCUGCCCGCGCGGGCGCUGGGCUCCACCGCUCCCCGGGCCUGCCGCGGCCGGGUGACGCCGGCGCACGCGCUGGCCACGGCGCCUCGCCUCGAGGUGCUGCCAGCCUGCCGGCGGAGUGGCCGCGGACAGCGAGUGAGAGCCCACCGCCAGCCUUCCUCCGUGCCCGCUGCCUUUCGCUGCCCCUUCUUCUCUCCUCCUCGCCCAGGAUGACGAGCCUUUUGAGUCCUCUGGCGCGCCUCUCAGACUCCGGUCAAUUUACGCUGCCUUUCGCUGCCCAUUCCUUGUCUCUUCAUGGCCUUUUUGCGCGCGGAGCAUACCACCAGGGUGCCUCUGCCAAACUAGUUCCCAGUUGACCGCAGACUUAGAAUGCCUAGAGCUGACUCGUUACCUUGCUGGGGUUGUAGGUCAUAUGUCUUUGAUGGAUGCUUUGUAGAGUCUCUUCGGAUGCCCCUCAAGGCUCUACCACUCGAGUAAUC